UUUUGACAUAUCAAUUGUCGAUUUUCAUGUAUUCAUGAGCAAACUUACAAAAUUUGUUGUGUGUUCAUACAUAUGUGCAUAAAAUGUUUAUUUGAAAAAUAGCCAGGCAAUCAACACCCACAUUCGUUAGCGAGUUUCCCAGAGUUAGAAAAAAUUUAUGUAGUGCUUAAUCAAUAAAUAUGUAUUACAUAAAACAUUUUCGCCCCUUUGUUAUUUGUGUUGCACCAUUUUUUGAUAUCACAACCGCCGAUAAGAUUACUUCGAAUCGGACUAACGAAGAAUUUCAAAAGAGAAAACAGUCUUCAGAAACUGGAUUGGACAGAGUUAAAAGAAUGUUUAAAUUAGAUGAACAUGGAGCUAUAUCGAAUGAACUUAAUUCCAUUCAUCAAGCUGGGUUUUUGGGGUUUUUGAUUGGAGCAAUCUAUGGCGGUGUUAUUAAUUCAAGAAAGGCGUAUAUUGAUUUUAUGGAAAAUAAUGAAGCAACUGCUUUUAAAUCUCACUUAGAUGCUAAGAAAAAGCUUCAAGACCAAUUUACAGUUAGUUUUGCUAAAGGAGGUUUCAAAUGGGGUUGGCGCAUUGGAUUAUUUACAACAUCAUAUGUUGGAAUAAUAACCAUUAUAUCGGUUUAUAGAGAAAAAUCAUCAAUUUAUGAAUAUUUAGUUGCUGGUUCAACAACAGGAGCUAUUUUUAGAGCCAAUUUGGGAUUGCGUGGAAUGGCUGCAGGAGGAAUAGUUGGUGGUACUUUAGGAGGAAUAGCUGGAAUUAUUUCACUACUUUUAAUGAAAGCUUCUGGCACAACAAUGGAAGAAAUCCGUUAUUGGCAAUACAAAUGGAAGUUAGACAGAGAUAAUGUUGUCAAUGAAUCAAUUAAGAUAUUAGAGCCAGAUAAUCAAUUGAUUCAACAUCACGAUAGAAAAGUUAACACAGUUGACAUAAAAAAAGUGUAAAAUACAUGAUUUAAUCAAAAGCAUUUUCUAUCAAUUUUUUAA